UAUCUUUGUUAGAUGUAAACAUAAAGUAAAAUUUAAAUUAUGUGGAUGGUCCAGCAUGGAGAAGUAGAUAAUGGAAACAUUAGAGAAUAUGGCGGAGGAAGUGAUAUGGACAUUGUUUCUUUUGAAGAUAGUGAACAGUUUGAAGAAGGUGAUUCAGGUUGUUCAUGGGUUUCAGAAACAGAGCAAGUUCUAAACUGGUCAGGAUGGAAGCGUUUAUCUCCAACUCAAAUGGUUGAAAAAAACCCUUCAAUUUUUGAAGUUUUAUCAUUGAUGGAACUUUGUUCAAAAACAGUAGCUCUUAACUAUCCGUUUGAAAUCAUUGAACAUCACAAGCGACCUAUACCUGAAUCACUUCAGCUAAGAAUUGCAUUCUGGUCAUUUCCUGACAGUGAAGAAGAAAUACGUUUAUAUUCUUGUUUAUCUUGUGGCUCUAAUGAGAAGUAUAAGUUAGGUGAAAUCCUUGCAAAAACUGGCAACGUUUGUGAUGUCCUUCAAAUUGGUUUUCACUUAAGUGGAGUUGUAACACAACCUGUUUCUCACACUCCUGCAAAGCAAGUAUAUAAGGUUGCAAUUACAUUUGAUCGUGGUCGAAUUACCUCUUGUCAAUGUACAUGUUGUGAAACAGCUACAUGGUGUGAACACAUAACAGCGGUUUGUUUAUACAGAGUUAUUAAUAAAAAUAGUAUUGUAUUACGAGCACCUGUAUCAGAAUCAUUGACGAAAUUAGAUCGUGAUCAGUUACAGAAAUUUGCACAAUAUCUUAUUAGUGGUUUACCACCUCAGAUUCUCCCAACUGCACAAAGACUGUUAGACCAAUUGUUAUCUUCUAAGGAAUCUGAAAUUAACAUUUUGGCUGGUGCGCCAGAUCCAACUGCUGGUGCCUCACUAUCAGAAGAAGCAAACUGGGUUCUAGAUAAAGUUGCAUUAUGUGAAAAUAUAAAAAAGAUUCUCGCUCGGUUUUGUGGACCUACACCAUUGUUUUAUUUAAAUUGUGAUGCAAGCAAUACAUUGACUGCCCCUCCACCUAUUUCUAUGCAGUGGUCUAAUUACAUACGAUCAUUUCAAGGUCAUGAGCCUGAAGCUUUAUGGAAUCUUCUAUUCAUUGUUCGACACAUGAGUGCUCAAAGGGAUAAAAACUCUGAAUAUUUGCUUGAAUAUAUUACAAAAGAAUGCCUGCUUUGUUAUCAAAUGAUGUAUUAUUGGGUGACAAGUAGCAGUAGCUUUCAAGUGUGCACAGAUAAGCAAAAUCAUAAUGGUAAUUUGUAUGGCCAGUUGCAUUCUAAGCGUGACCUAGCACGCCAUAGUUCAGCACAUUUGAUGGAUGAGAUUGUAAAGUUAUGGGAGUUGAUUGUUAUGUCGCCUCAUCUUUCAGCUCAGGAAAAAGCAAACAUAAUGCUUAAAUUGCAGACAUGGAAUGAUCAAGUCAAAGAUGCAGCUAGAAAAGGUCAAGGACAAACUAAUUCUAAUAGUUUUAAUGUAAAAAUGUAUAAAGACUUCAGUGGAUUUAAAACAGCUCAAAUUGCAGGCACAAAAGAUUGGCAACAAUUUUAUUCAAUAAUUGGUUUAUCUCAAGAUAGUGCCAAAGAAUUGUCUAGGUAUGGCGUGAAAUUUGACAACUGUAUAACUGAUACUAUCUUUGGACAACUAGUAUCAUUGCUACCACCAGAUACUGAUGAGUUUUAUUUCCUCUGCAAACUUUCUGAAGCAUUGCUGUUUCAUGGUCAUAAAUUGGUUGGCAUUUCACUAGCACACUCAUGUGCUCAAAAAAUUAUUUCUUCUUAUCCUGAGAAAUGUGAAACUAAUGAAAUCAAUUGCAUUUCAAUGACAGAGAAAACAAAUAUUUUAUGCUCAAUGAUGCAAGAGGCGAUAGGAAAUGAGAAACUUAUUUUUGAUUUGGCUAUUAUAGGAUUAACUGUUCCACAUCUUCCUACUGCAUCAACAAAAGAUGAAAUUCGACUGACUUGCUUAGAAAUGGAUCUAUAUAAACGUCUGAAGAGCAUGUCUAUAAAUGAAUAUCAGUAUGCUUCACUCAGAUAUCAAUGCCAAAAAAUUAUUAAUAAUCCCAUGCUACGUGGUGACUUUAUUCUUCCAUUGCUCAUUUCUACCUUUAUAUUCGAAAUAUUGUGUGAUAUAAAUGUUACAUCCACUGUAUUAUAUGGGCAGCCAGUAAUCUUAGCACCUGGUUUAAAACGACAGAACUCAGAUAGUAUUUUAGGAUAUCAAUGUGCUUUGAUCACUUUAGGUCUUUACAGCAGUGCUGUAGAUAUUCGCCAUCCCAUGUUAUGUGAAAGCAUUCGUCAUCAAAGACUAGACCUUGCUCUCAGUCUAUUGACAUACUGCAGAAUGAAUGAAUCUCAAGUGAAUGAAGUUCUCAGUACAAUUCUUGAUAAAGAGAGAUAUGUUUUUUUAAAACAGGUUAAACCACAAAAAGUGGCAAGCACAGCCAUGACAGCUGCCAGACCAAAUACAGAAAAAGAAACUUCAUUAAACAAACAUGGAUUUACUUUUGCUGAUGUUCAUACAGCAAUUCCACCAGCACAAAGUCAUGGAAAACAUUCAAGUGAUAGUGAUAGUGGAAAUUGUGAAACAGAAAGGACUCAUUCAAAAGCAGCACCUGUUUUACUUUCUCAAAGUCGUAAACAACAACGUAGACAAGCUCGAUCAGUUUCAAAAAAUUCCCGCAAUGAGAAAAAGUUGCGCAAUGAUCGUACAACUCUAAAGUCCAAAGUUAAUUUGAAAAAAGUAUCAGCAAAGAACUGUUUUGAACAGGUUGAGUCUGAUUCAGGACAAGAAAUGUAUUACUGUUUUGAAGGGGAUGGAUUUUCAAGAACAACAGAUAAUUGGGAUAGUGAAACAACAGGAGGUGAAACCAUUUCUGAAAGUAAUAUACCUAUUAAGCUAAAUAAUAGUGUAAAUAAAAAACCUGCCACCAAUCAAAAUUACCAGUUUGGUGAAUAUGAUAAAAUUGAUAAAAUUUUUGGAGAGAAAAAAUCUGCUUUGUUUGAAAAGAGACCUGAUCAAUCAGAAAGCUACCACAACCUUCACGAACCUAAUAUUACGUUGCCUCUAUUAUUAUCAACUGAAAAUAGUAAGCUUGUUUUUGAUAAACCAAGUGAUCUUGAGACUGGAAUUGAUGAUGAUUUUAAUAUUAAAGAAGACAUGUUCAAGACUAAUAGAGAUGGGGGAUUUGAUGUUAUGCUAUUGGAUCAAAUAAAUAAAAAUUCAGAUAAGAAUGCUCUUGCCUCUACCGAAAUAUUGGUAGGACAGAGCACUGAACUUAUAAGUUCUUUAACUUUGUCCGAUGAAAAAAGUUUGUUUCAAAGUUUUUCUGAUCAACCAAAGCUUUACACGCCCUCUUCUACCUCACAAUACAACUCUUGUGAUUUAUUUUUAGAAGAGUCAAAUAUCUCUGUUAAAAAGAAAACUCCUCAAGAUGAAAAACCAAGAACAGAAGUCGAGGAACAAAGUAAUUUUAAUAUUCUUACAAGUUUUAACGAAAAUCAACCAGCAGUGUUGACAGAUAUAUUUAACAGUGAGUUUUCUGGUAACCCAAGCUCCUCCGAUAGUCAAUUCGAUGAUUCAUUAAUUGCUUAUUCAAAGUCACCAUCUUUUGAUUCUGGGACAGAGCAGAAGACGAAUGACAAUAAACUAACUAUUUCUAAUAGUUUAAACACAAAAACAGGGGAUUCGAGCUUUGUGUGUUGUUCUAAUGAUGCCCUAACAUCAUCCAAACUAAAAGAUAGUAAUGUAAAUGAUAACAUCAAUGUUUCCAAAAAACAAAAGAAAAGUAAAAAAAAAAAGCAAAAGAAUGGAAAUCGGGUAAGUCGAAUUGAUAUUCAGAGUAUUGAAGCAGAGGGUUACUCAUUAUUUGAGCUUGCAAAAUUGGUUUUGAAACAAGCUCGUAAUGCUACAACAUCAUACAUUCCAGAUGUUGAUGAGGUUAGUUCUGGAUGCUCUGUUAAUCGUGUUUUGCAGUUGGCUGCAUUCCAAAUAGGUUUGUUUGCUUUGCAAAUUCAUAAUUGCAGUUCACCAAAUUGGUUUUCUCGAACAUACUCAAGUUAUGUUUCUUGGAUAGAAAAUUUAGCUGUUGAGAUAGGAGCCUCUGCAUUACGUAUUCUUAAUGAAAAAUGGGAAGACAUUUUGACACCUUCAGAGUGUGUUCAAAUUGCUAGCAGAGCAUCACGUUCAGGUGAUACACUUUUAAAACGCACUGCUGCAGAAUUAGCAUUAACAUGUUUGCCACGGUCACAAAGUUUAAACCAAAGAGACAUAAAUCUGACUAUCACAAUGUGUCGAGAACAAAGUGAAGAAAUGUUAGAAAGAGCAUGUUCCUCUGUUGAAAGUGCUGGUAGACAUGGUGGAAUACAACCAGAAUUACUUUUUCGCAUAGCUAGAGAGUGGCAUUAUCUGCAUGAGGAAAAGCGUAAACGAGAAGGUACAAAUGAAAGUAAUAACACCCCUCGAGUUAGAAGUGAAAAUGUGUCACCCAAUCAUUUUUUAGAACCAUCUGUGUUUAUUACAGCUGAGCAGUUUGUUCAAGAUCAAAUGCAUCAAAAAGCCCAAGAAUUUCUUGGACGGCAACUUCAUCGUAGUAGUACACAAGAUCAUGUGCCAUGGUUUUACCCUCCUUAUUCAAGCCAGUUGCAUCAUUGUCCCUUGCCACAGCAAGUGGUUCACUCUAAACGUAUUCAAAAUAUUGAUUCAUACUGUGUGCCUUUGUCUAAUUUUCCUGACGAGUUGAAUUUGUCUGAGAUUCCUCGCUGUCUUCAAAACAGCUAUCGUGUUGGAAUGAAAGCUCUUGAAGCUUUAUCUUUGCGUAUGCCAGAUAAAAGACCUGAAAUAAAGUAUGCACUUGCCCCACCUUCAUCAGAAGACAUCAGAUGGAUGUGUGCACUGGCUGCAUCUCUCGGACCACCUUAUUUAAAGAAUUUUUGUAAAGUUGUUUUAAGUGCUGUAUCAAGUCCAUAUUUACUUCACGACUUAGCAUUAGAAGCUGCCCGCCAUUUUGCAUUGUAUAAUCCUGCCCAAUUAGCUUCUCAUCUUCGCUCUCCAAGUGUUAGUCCAAUUGUUCAAAAGGCACUUUUGUUAUUUACUGAACUUGUUCAUCAUGACCUUGUGUUGCUAGUUCAACCAGGUUAUGCAGACUUUGUUGAUUUAUUACGUCGAACUCGAAGUGCUUUUUGUAUGGCUCCAGGAGGCAUGACCAGAUUUAAUGAAAUUUUAGAAGUGAUUCGGAAGACAUAUCCAAAAAAAAAAGAACUGUGGCAACUUAUUAUGAAUGGCCUUUCAAAGGCAUGAAUAAUUUUUUUUUUAGUUAAAAAAAUGUUUUUAUAGUUUACAACAUAAAUGUUAUGGCAAUGUAGUGUAAAAUAUUUUUCUUCUGGAAUUUCUUAUAAUAAACUUUAAUUGUUACAUUUUGGAUUGUGUGUGUGAAUUGUUUUAAAAUUCCUU